UCGGUGCUCGUGGCUUGGUGCGGAGUGCGCUGAUGGAAGAGUUCUGUCACUGAAUGCAGGUAAUGGACUUACACGGAAACUCUUGCAGGUGGGCGGGAAAGGAAAAAGUCAUCAACAAAAUAACCACAUAACUCAGAAAAGUUCGUUAUUCGCCACCUCUUUUCCAUUUUUCAAGACAUUAAUACAUCAAUCACCACCAUCUUUAUCACCAUUACCAUCACGUGCUGCUAUUCCUUUACCAAUUUUUCUCCCACCAUUUCCCAGCAAUAAUGCUCCAGCAAGUCAGCCCUCACCAUCUCCCAGUGAUUUUAUGAACUUUUCACCUUCACUUUCACCAAAUAGUGAUGCUCCUUCCCUUGCUCCAAUUUUCAGCUUUAAUCCUACAAUUUUGGCUCCUCAACCUUCUUUGUCAUCUCCUUCUCCAACCAUAAGCCCUUCAGCAGUAAGAGAAGCUUAUCAAAGAAAACAUUCAAUUUCUAGAACUGUAUACAUUUCAAUAAUUGGAGGGGUUUCCUUUCUCCUUGCCUUGAUUAUAUUUUUUCUUUGCUGCUGCCGAGCCAAUAAGGCUGUUGUCGUCAGGCCUUGGUCAACCGGUCUAAGUGGGCAAUUACAGAAGGCAUUUGUGACAGGUGUGCCAACACUGAAAAGAUCAGAAAUUGAGAUAGCUUGUGAGGAUUUCAGCAACAUUAUCGGUUCUUUACCAAAUUGCAAGUUUUACAAAGGAACCCUUUCCAGUGGAGUAGAAAUAGCAGUGGUGUCUACUGUGAUCACAUCUUCAAAAGAUUGGUCAAAACAAUGUGAAUCCCAAUUUAGAAAGAAGAUAUCAACACUUUCUAAGGUGAACCACAAGAAUUUUGUCAAUCUUCUUGGCUUUUGUGAGGAAGAGGAGCCUUUCACCAGGAUGAUGGUGUUUGAAUAUGCUCCUAAUGGGACGCUAUUUGAGCAUCUGCAUGUGAAAGAAGCAGAACACUUAAAUUGGACUGCACGGCUCCGUAUAGCCAUGGGCGUAGCCUAUUGUCUCGAUCACAUGCACCAGCUUCACCCUCCUGUGAUCAUUCAAAACCUAAACUCAUCUUCCAUAUACCUAACUGAGGAUUAUGCUGCGAAAAUUUCAGAUAUCAGGUUCUGGGUUGAAUCUGAAGAAACCAAAUCACCCUCUCAACUAGAGCCAAAGAACACUGUCUAUGUUUUUGGAUUAUUAUUAAUAGAGAUAGUUUCAGGUAGAAUUCCAACGUCUGGAGAUCUCCUGCUUGAGAAUUGGGCUUCAUGUUAUCUCAAUGGCGAGAGACCUGUAAAAGACAUGAUAGAUCCAACACUCACCUUGUUCCGCGAAGAAGAUGCCAUCGCUUUGUGUAAGGUUAUAAGAUCCUGCAUCAAUCCUGUUCUUCAGGAGAGGCCGGCAAUGUCAGAGAUUGUUAGUCUAUUGAAAGAUAUUACAUUAAUGACUCCGGAUCGAGCGGUGCCGAUGGCAUCGCCACUUUGGUGGGCGGAGCUUGAAAUUCUCACUUCGGUGGCGAACUAGAGAAGGUAAUUUUAAUUGAAAUUGUGAGUUGUGAUGAUUCUUCUUCUUCUUCUUUUUUUGUUUGAUGUUUGAUUUUUUAACAUCUCGAGUUUGCAUGUAACUUUUGUUAUGGAAGUUUGUAUAGAUUGGUGUGCAUAGAGUGGUUUGGCUAUUGAUUGUUCUGUUUUA